UGUUGUACCGUUGGCUACUGUCGGAAUGAUUCCAGAGAGUUCGAGUGUUGAGUCUACCCAUGCAACGUCAGCGCCCGCUACCAUCAGUCGGCCUGGAGGGAGUUCGGCGCAAACUUUGGAGCCGGAAUUGGCCCCUGCCAAGCCAACUGUGUGGGUCAUUGGGGACGGCUCUGUGUGCUGGUGUGCUCAGGUGGCGGGGUCAUCGCCCAGGGGAGAGCGUCUUAAUCGGCUGGCCUAUAUCCACUGGAAGGGACCGCGAAGACUCCAGAUGUUCCAGUUCUCCGAUUUCCUGUUGGAAGCGUGGUCAGCAGUUCCGAUCUUACCUGACGUCAUCAUCCUGCAGUUUGGCGCCAACGACCUGGGGCUUGUACACAAACAUUUACUGAGUAUUCUAGCACGGCAGUGCAUCAAUUUGACAAGAGAAGUACUGCCGCAUACUGUCAUUUUUUAUUCCGAGUUACUGCCCGCCAAACUUACCUUCACGCCCUAAAGCAGAGUUCCCUCGAGCGUACGCGACGUUCGCUGAACGCGUACGUUCAUUCAUUAUUUCGAAACGCUCAUGGGGGUGUUAUUUGGCACCCCCAGAUCCAGUGGUCGUCCGCGGCGUUAUAUCAUGCGGACGAAUUGCGCCAUAUUGUUUGCCUGUUGCAUCUCCCCUUAAUACCACCACCUGAGGUCUAUUUGGCGGCGGUCAUGUUGCCGACUUCAUUCAGCAACAAGCCCGUUUUGCGUGAAUUUCAUUCAGGGACCGCAAAUUGGCCUCGGUUUUAAGGCACUGUAUUCUUAUUUACGACACUUAUGGGAAUGUGCCGAAAGGAAAGGCCUGACCCCUUCCUUUGUCGGGGGAGUCACUAGAUUAUUAAGGGCCAAAUUAAGAAAAGCCAUAUUGUACUCACUAAUUUCUGUCGUUUGACAUAAAUAGCUGUAAGUGGUUGUUGAAAAUGUUCAUUAGUUGCCCGUUAUUCCAGGAACCCAGUGUAAGGUCAAGUCGGGCCAUUCAGUCAUUUUUAAGCAAAAUGGAGGCACAAGGGUAAAAUGCAAAACGUGCCAAAUGGAUGAUCUCUCAAUAUUUUAGCACAAAAAGCAAUAUUAAGAUUUUCUUCUGUAGGUUAAAUAAAAGAUUUACCAAGGAGCUAUUACUGCGUGUUACAAUGAUUUAAAGCACUCUAGUUGAAAUUGUUUGGCAUAAAAUUUUUGAAUUGAAGUGAAUGGAAUUAACUGUCUCAGAUAUAUACACAAAGGAUUCCCUGUAUAAACCAUAACAAAUUAUUGCCAUGUUAUUUUUCAAAAAAUUCAAUCAGCAGUUGUUUUUUGUUUGUCAUGGCGAUUAUCUGUUGUGUUUGUAGGGAAUUAAAAUUGGCUGUUACAAAAUGGACAAGAAAGUGUACUGUGUACUUAAAGAUAUAAUAAAGAAAAAUGCCAAGUUAUAGAGUCAAACUGACGAUCGAAUGAACGAAAAUAUGGC